CUGACUUUGAGAGAGCAACAAGGCAAACUCUUAAUCGAUUUUAAAAAUGCGUACAGGAUACACACUUUCUGGCCUUAUUUAAUCAGAAGUUGGAUAUUAUUGAUAGCGAAUACUAGAGCUUUAUUCCCACGAAGUUCAUUCAUGAUAAGCUUUGUUGGUUUUAUUUCCAACACAUUGGUAAACUAGCACUAGCCAGUUCACGUUAGCUUUUGCUAGCUGGCUGAAUUGGAGAGUCCACAGCUACCAGGUUUAAUAAACGUCUUCAAAUGAGUUGUUGACAAAUCUGAUUAUACUCGGGCUGCCUUUUGAAUGGGCUGAUGAAGUUUAUUGGCAAUAAUUCAGGAAAGCAUCGAUUACAGGUUACACACUGGACGAUACUGAGAACGCGUUUAUCGUGGUUAAUUUUCUUUGGUGAAUGCAAUUUCUUAAAUCCCCGUGCAAGGGAUGUUGAUUUAUUUAUUUUUUAAUCGCUCAUCUGUCAUUUCGUGGCCUGUCGGUCCUGUGAUAUCACGUGAAACCUACAGACUCACGUUGUAUACAGUAUUUAUCGGAUUGUCCUCAUGGAUCUGAAUUUUUACUCUGAUCUCUCUGAUGGAACUGGUCAGCAUGGUGAUUCCGAGUUCAUGGACAGCUCGUCUUACAGUACACAUGAAUCUGUGAACAAGUUUGCAGGUGGUAAUGAUUCAUACCUGCCGAUCAGUGGGCCUGGUCAUCAUUUUCUUUCAUCUGAGCAAACGUUCCAUACCCCUAGUCUGGGUGAUGAAGAGUUUGAAAUCCCACCCAUCUCCUUGGAUCCAGAUUCAGCCCUCACCAUAGAAGAUGUGGAGGCCCAUUUUGGAGAGAUGUCCAAACAGUCUGGGAGCUCAAAGUUGCCUGGUGUUGGAAACAGUCUUGCAAGUAAUGUUGUGAUGGGUGGGAACGACCCCUCUUUUGCCUCAACUUUCAUAAAUCCAUCAUCUCAGGGCAUUGAGCACCUGAGUUUGGGUGUGAUUAACCAACCAGGGGGAAGUGCGCUGUUGAGCUCAACUCUGGGUGUGGAUCUCGGCCAUUCUGUUGGCUCUCAUUUCAAUAGUUCCUCUUCCAUAACUAUUGAUGUUCCACUAAAUGACAUGAACCACAGUCUCUUAGGACACAACCAUCUCACCACAAUAGACCAUUCAGAUCUAGGUGCUCAAUUAGGGCUCAGCCUUGUUGGUGGAUCCAGUGUGUCAAAGUCACCUGAACAUCAUCUGUCUGCCACGCCAUCCCCUGCUCGGUCAUUGCAAGAUGAAGACAUGGAAGACUUCAGACAAAAAACUAUGUUAGUAGACUCUUUCUCAGCCUCUCCUACGAACAUAUCGCACAUCCCCAAUUUGACGGGAUCUACACAGCUCUCCUCCACUCUUCCAGUUGCGGUGAGGAGGUUGGGUGGUAAGCCAGCCAUGGUGGCUGGGUCCGUAGCAGACAUGGGGGUGACGAUUGGAGCCAAGAAAGGGAAGAAGAAAAAAGAUCCCAAUGAACCACAGAAACCAGUGUCGGCCUACGCUCUGUUCUUCAGAGACACCCAGGCAGCCAUUAAAGGCCAGAACCCCAAUGCCACUUUUGGAGAGGUGUCGAAGAUAGUGGCCUCCAUGUGGGACAGCCUUGGGGAAGAGCAGAAACAGGUUUACAAGAGGAAAACAGACACUGCUAAGAAAGAGUAUCUGAAAGCAUUGGCAUCCUACAGAGCAAAUCAGCUCUCAAACCCUUCUCCUGAUGUGGAGGAUACUGCUCCUUCCACUCCUCCAUCUGCCCCCUGUCCUGCUCUGGCUGCUCCUGCCCGCCCUGUACGGCUUAUCCCUAACCUUGACCAGAACACUAUUACCAACAUCUGCACAUCCAAUAUUAUCCUCAACGUGCCUCAAGUCAGCACCCGUUCCCGCACAGGGUCUUUACCUGUGGCCAUUAGCCAACCUCCAACCCCUAACCCCAGCCCAGCACACACCUUCACUAAAAUCAUAAUCUCCAAACAAAUGCUGGAGGGAGGUGCUCAGCUCCAUCAGAUCCCUACUUCCAUGGUGACCGUGAUUCCAGCUGGAAUCCAAGCUGUACAGUCGUCUGUUGUUGCUGCAGCUUCUGCUGGACGUCAGCCUCCACCGCUACUGCAGAUGCAGGGCACCCCUCCACUCCCACGUCUGCAGCAGAUGGUACAAACUCAAGCACCGCCCCCUCUUCAGGCCAAGCCCCGUGGAGGGCCAGGAAUUUCUGUAGUUGUCACGGACACGCCUCCCCCACCUCUCCAGAUCAAAAUUGUGCCCGCUUCUUUACACUCUGACUUGUCCUCACCGAUCAUUGUUACUACAGCAACAAGUGCCAAACCUGUUAUCUUCUCAUCCACCAUCUCUGCUCCUGUUGAGGUGCAGGUGGAACAACCCAGUGAGCAAUUUGUCACAGGAGAUAACGAGGCUGUGAUGGAGGAGCUUGCCUCAGAAGAGAUGGAGAUGGAGGUAAGUGUCACACAUUCAGCCACCUCUUCUGCUCUCUGUGUCCGUACUGGAUGCACAAACCCGGCUGUGGAGAGUCGAGACUGGGAUAAGGAAUAUUGCAGCAAUGAGUGUGUUGCCACACACUGCAGGGAUAUUUUCAUGGCCUGGUGUUCAAUCAAGAGUCAGAACUCAGCUACUGUCAAAUAAUGAAGUCCUCCUAGUUCUUGGUUUUCAUAUACCUGAAUGUGUCUUUUAUUAGUUAAGGGACAGGUCACAAAAAAAAAUAUUCUGUAAUCAUUUACAUCAUUUGUUUUUCCCAAACCUGCUUGACUUGACUUUUUCUUUCCAUGAAAAGAAGCCUCUGUCACCAUUGACACCAUUGGAACAGCAUGAUGGUGAGUAAAUGAUGACAGAAUUUUCAUUUUUGAAUGAAGUGUCCCAAUAACAGUAUAGUUUUACUGGAUUUAUGAGUCAAGAUUAGGUGUUUUGUAAUAAAUGGUAAACAGUGAAAAUUUUAAUUGCAUCACUUAUUGUUAUAAAAGGAAAUAAAGUGUAUUUGUUUCAUCUGUUCAACUAGUUAUUCAAAGCAGCCAAGGCUUAUUUUGGCUGAAGGUAUGGUGACAUACUUUGACUAGUGUUUGUUUUCCCCAUUGAAACUAUCAGAGGAUGACCUACAGUUACUAUUGUACUUUAUUUUGAACCUUGUAGUUUUUCACUCUAUUUUUGGUCCCGUGGAUUAUUUUUUCAUUAUGUUAUCAGUAUUUGUGUUAAAGUGAACAAAUUUUGCAUAUUGUAUUAUUUUCAAAUGCAGUAAUUUUGAUGAUGAUUAUGAAGAGUGAAACUCAAACCUUUUUAUUAUAUUUUGUAUGUUUAAUGUAAUUUCACAUGUCAUAAAGAGUGUCUUAGAUCAGUGCCCUGAAGUGCUCUCAUGUAGAAUAUUUUUGCCUUAUUUAAAAAAUAAAAAAUGCUGACCUUUUUAAUGAUGUUAUGAAAUUACUCAAGUAUUAAUAAAGGUCAGCCAAAGUGGGUUGUUUCAUAAGUUUGUGUGCUGACAAACUUUGUGUUUUAAAGAAACAAUUUUUACACAAAUGUAUGCACCUCAGUAGUACUACUGAGGUCAAUAGUGGCACAUUGUUAACUGAAUCAUGAUGUAGUUCUGAAGUCAAUGAUUGAAAAAAAAAAAAAUUUGGCUCCCUGAUUUUAGUUUAAGAUUGUGGACUGUGGUGGGGCCUGGGUAGCUCAGCGAGUAUUGAUGCUGACUACCACCCCUGGGAGUCGCGAGUUACAUUUUUUUAUUGCAGUGUAUAUAUACAUCCACGUGCUAAUGUUGACGUGGCAUUGGAAAUGGUUAAAAUACCCUAGAUAAACUGGACAAUUUAUGCCCAGAUGCACCUACAUUUAUUUUGGGUGAUUUUAACCAUUAUAUUAUGGACAAACAUUUAAAAUUACCAAUAUGUUACAUGCGCUACAAGCGCUGAUACAAUUUUGGAUAGAUGUUAUGGUCCGAUUACGGGAGCUUACAGGUCUCUGUCUUACCUACUCUUGGUUCAGCUGAUCAUAAUAUAAUUUUGCUGUCUUCUGUGUAUACUCCCAUUAUAAAGCAAGAGAAGAGAGAAUUACGGUAUGUUAAAGACUGGACCCCCUCUAAUAUUGAGGUUUUAAAGGGUUGUUUUGAUUGCACAGA